CCAGAUUUCAGACAGGAUUGAAGAAACUAGUGUGGAGGAAGUGGAAAACUCCUUUCCAAAUAUUUGCCUUGGUCUAAUUGCAUCGCAAAUUCCCGUAGAGUUGCCCGGACUUUCUAUUAAUCUCAAAAGUGACGAGCAGAAGGUGGUUGAACAACUUGCCCAAAUUGGUGAAAAGAUCAAUGCGCUUUUUGGCUCGGAGAUUGAAAGUAUGCUGGGUCAAUUCCAUUCGACUAUUUCACCCUUUGGAAUUCUUUCUAAAAUCUUCUCAGGGCUAUUUAAAGAUAAAGAAUAUUCGUGGGGCAAAAUUUUUGCUUUCAUCCACUUUGGAGUCAAGCUCUUCUUAAAAUCUAUCGACAAUAUCAUUCCCAUCAAGCUGAAAGAUACGUGUUUUGAAAUAGUGAAAGCGAUAGGAAUUCAGCUUGCCAAGGGAGCCUUCGAGUGGAUAGCAAAGCGUGGUGGAUGGCGAAGGAUCGUGUCCGUCGAAGAUUCCAUUGCAUUGCCUCUCGUAGGCGCAGUGGGUGCAGUAGGCGCAGUAGGCGUAGUAGCGGUUGGACUUAUAAAAUUCAUUCGUUUGUGGCUUUAA